AUGGCGAGCUGCGCCAACUGCGGCAAGGAUGCAUCUUUGAGAUGUAUUGGAUGUAUGGACACUCCCGAGUAUCACGAUGGAGAUUCUGUCGGCGUUUUCUACGGCGGCCACGAGUGCCAAACGGCUGAUUGGGCCAAGCACAAGAAGAGCUCCAAGCUUCUCAAGGCGACACUCUUGUCCUACAAGGAGGUUUUUUUCCACUGGGACCUGACAGAGAUCGAGCCUCACAACGACGCUCUAAUUCUCAAGCAUGACAACAGGCGUCCAAGCUGGGAGAAGCCCGUCAAUUUCACAGACCAUCUUACAACCAACAUCGAGCACAAAGAAGCUGCUCUGCUCAAGCGCGAGGCCCUCCACUCGCUGUCGAUUCUUGGUCCGAUGACUAGAAAACUGGUCAAAUGUCUUGUCUCCCGUCUUGAGAUCGUUUAUGUCCAAAUCACGAACCCACCCUACCCUGCUAUAAUGGACCCUCCCGACGCGGCCUUCUUUGACAUGUUAAAACCAGGCGUCCAUAUAGUUGUACUGGCGACUCUGCGAGGUUCUGACGAAAAAUGGGUUAUUGAUAUCACAGGAUGUCAGUUUGGUUUCAAAGAUGUUCUGUUUCCUCUCGAGAAGUACAUCACCGAGACAAACUGCAAUGUCGAAUGGCCAGCUUCGCCUUACUUUCACAGUGAAAUCACUGAUCAACAGGAAAUCAUUGCCUUGGGUGGUAUGCCGCCACCAGAGCCCAUGGCCGACAUCCUCAGGAUUACGCGGUACCGUCUACACUUUGCAGCGCUGGUCAAGGCACGUGUCAACAACAACUUAAUCGUGGGUUCGGAUGCUGAGUUUGACAUCAGGAUGGGUGAAUUCUCGGAAAACGCGAAGACACACAUGUCCGUCUGUCAAUCCUACUAG